UAUAGACAAUGAUAUGGAUGACACAGAAGUCCCCGGACCUGUCUGUAGAGGGGCCUGGUUACUACAACAAUACGCAGCCCCCUCUAUAUAAGGAGACGCUCAGUGUAUCUCCGCCACUAUCUCCCAGCCAUGGCCGCCUACACAAACCUGCUCCUGAUCGCUGCUCUCUGUGUUGGUACAGUUCACUCCUUAACCUGCUACACGUGCACAUCCCAGAGUAGCAACACGAACUGCAUGACCGCGACCAACUGCUCCGCCUCCGAAACCUCCUGCAUGACCUCCGUGGUGUCCGGUGGAAUCGGGAGUCUCACGGCUGCCACCAUCACGAAGACCUGCUCCUCAGCCUGUGUGGCCACUGGAACUAAUAUUGUUAUAUUCUCAUCGAGUGUCACCUGCUGCAGCACCAACCUGUGUAACACCAGCGGAGCCUCCAGCAUCAAGUCCACCUCCACCAUCCUGGCCGCAGCCCUGGGAGCCAUCUUGGUUCUCCUCAGAAGCUCCUUCCUGUAAUUUAUUAUAUGAAAAUAAAAAAAACAUC